ACAGUCGGUCACUGGCUCUGGCACUUUGCGACGCCUAAAGAAUCCUAUACAGCCAGUGAGAUCAGGGCUUAACCCGCUCCUCAAAUCUGAACAGCCAAUUGCAGAGGUAAAUGGGAGGACCUAAGGCGCUCUUGUGCAUCCAACGUGGGACUGUGGAAUGAUCAGCCUGAAAAAAGGAAAGUAACUGAAGAAGGGAAAACUCAUGGUGGAGACGUAAGGACCGGGAGACUACAUUUGCUUAAUACUCGGAUCGCCGGGAUUUAUUUGAACACACAGACUGCACCCGAUCACUGCACACCCUGCAGACCCUUUAGACGUAGACAGCGGCGGCUUGUAUGUAAAAAGUUGGAGUUGUUCGACAUGAUGAGCAAAGUGCUUCGCGGAAUACAGCGCUCGUAUUGACAUUGCGUUUGCGUCAAUGUUGUUGCUUCAUUUCACAUCGUCUGGACAAUUUGGAACAUUUUCUGAAGUUACCUUACCGACCAGGGUCCGAGUCGGGAUCGACUCUCUCAUCCGAGGCGGUCCGGGCAACACUUUCCCUGUAACAUAAAGUUGAUCAACAGUUACUUUGGGAGCCGUCUCGUAGCGUGUCCUCUACCGUUCUCAACGUCCAGUCACCGAAGAUGUUAUUCAGGGAGACAAACGUUGUUUUCAGAGGGAAACUUCGUCCCCAACAUGUUCCGGACAUUCACCUAUAACUUUGAUUAAAAAAUCGGGGCGCCUAAAAUAUUCUAUGAAGCGUUUUUUUUUUUGCUGGCCAAAUUGUGAAUCACCUUUUUUGGUUUCAGCCCGCGUUGGCAAAGUUGGACUAAGAUCUCGAGUACUGAAUUAGUAGUUUAGGACGUUUCUAUACACAAUUUGCUCACACAAGAAGGUGUUUUAGGUGCCUUUUUAAAAAAGUACUUUAUCUUCAGUAUUUUUUUUUCAAUUUGUGGAUAACAGGGGAGAUGAGUAGCCGCUCCAUUAAACCUGGAUACAAAAUGGCGGCGUCCCUGGAACGAAUUGGAACUGUUUCUUCUCAUUAUGUUUUUUAUUUAGUUCUUUCGCUCCAACUGCUUAUCAAUGUGGGACUGAGUGCUGAUGCACGGUGUGUGCAGAACUGUACUUGCGUUGGAGAUUCGGUGGACUGUAGCAAAUUGGACUGGUCGUCGAUCCCGCUGGACCUUCCAGUUGGGACAGUUUCCUUAAAUCUUGGACACAACAAGCUCACCAGCAUAAAUUACGAAGCCUUGGCCAACCUUCCCAACCUGCGAGAACUGCGUCUGGACCACAAUGAACUGACCUCCAUACCAGAGUUGGGACAGGCGGCCUCCACGAUUGCAUUGCUCUACCUACAUCAUAAUAAGAUCCGCAGCAUCGAUGGCACCAGGACCAGAGAGCUAGGGUCGGUGGAAACCCUGGACCUCAGCAACAAUGAUAUCACUGAGUUGCGCACUCACUGCUUCCCCGCGGGCCUCCGAAUCAAAGACCUGUACCUGAGCAGCAACAAGAUCAAUGUGUUGGAACUGGGGUCUCUGGACCACCUCGGGUCCACGCUGCAGGUGCUCAGACUGAGCAGGAACCGGAUUGGCCAGGUCCCGGUACGGGCCUUCCAGCUGCCCGGCCUCACCCAGCUUGAGCUGAACAGGAACCGCAUCCGUCAGAUAGAAGGGCUGACCUUCCAGGGUCUCUCCAGUCUGGAGGUGCUCAAGCUGCAGAGGAACAACAUCAGCAAGCUGACGGACGGGGCCUUCUGGGACCUGGCCAAGAUGAAGAUCCUUCACCUGGACUACAACAGCCUGAGGGAAGUGAACAGCGGCUCGCUGUACGGCCUGAGCUCCCUGCAGCAGCUCUUCCUCAGCAACAACUCCAUAGCCCACAUCAACCCGGACGGGUGGAAGUUCUGCCAGAAGCUCCGGGAAUUGAAUCUGUCGUACAAUAACUUGACCCGUCUGGACGAGGGCAGUCUGGCCGUGCUGGGGGACCUCCACAGCCUGCGUCUGGGACACAACUCCAUCAGCCACGUCGCUGAGGGCUCCUUCCGAGGCCUCAAGUCUCUGCGUGUUCUGGAGCUGGACCAUAACGACAUCUCAGGAACAAUUGAAGACACCAACGGGGCCUUCUCUGGACUGGAUAGCCUCAACCGACUAACUCUGUUUGGGAACAAGAUCAAGUCGGUGGCCAAGAAAGCCUUCUCUGGCCUGGAUACGCUGGAGCACCUGAACCUUGGAGAGAACACUAUCCGCUCCAUUCAGCCAGACGCCUUCAGUAAGAUGAGGAGCCUUAAGAUGCUGUUUCUGCAGAGCGACAGCUUCCUGUGUGACUGCCAGCUGCAGUGGCUGCCCGAGUGGCUGACCGCCCGCCGGCUGCAGACGGGGGUCAACGCCACCUGCGCCCACCCCGAGACCCUGAAGGGAACCAGCAUCUUCCACGCCCCGGCCACCAGCUUUGUGUGCGGUGAGUCUCUCUCACACCCUGUGCUGCACACGCGCCAGUCGCUCCAUCUCAGCAGGCAUUACGUCGUGUGUUUCCUGUCUCCAUAUUUUGCGCUGUAUUUGUUUAGUGGUGCCAAAGUGUUUAUUUGGCUCGUUUUUUGCUUAGUUCGGAGCAUCGUGUGUCCGGUGCCAUGGCGCGUGUUAAACUGCCGGUUGCAUAUUUUAAUUUGUCCGACAAUCGGCUUCUUGAGUUCACGUGGCCACUGAAACAAGGCAGCUAUAGAGAGGUUUCUGGGCAACGUCACAGC